CACUACUACACUCUGCAAAUAAAGUCUAAACCCCUCUGUUUUCCCCUUCUCCCCUAGCAACCACCACCGUCACCGCCACCGCCACCGGCACAAUGGGGAAAGGCGGCGCACUCUCCGACGGCGUAAUCAAGAAGAUCAUCCUCUCCUACGCCUACGUGGCGGUGUGGAUCUUCCUCUCCUUCACCGUCAUCGUCUACAACAAGUACAUCCUGGACAAGAAGCUCUACAACUGGCCCUUCCCAAUCUCCCUCACCAUGAUCCACAUGGCCUUCUGCUCCUCCGUCGCCUUCUUCCUCGUCCGAGUCGCCCGCCUGGUGGACCCGCCGUCCACGCCUCUCUCCCGUCACGUGUACCUCACGUGCAUCAUCCCCAUCGGCGCCCUCUACUCCCUCUCCCUCUGGUUCUCCAACUCCGCCUACAUCUACCUCUCCGUCUCCUUCAUCCAGAUGCUCAAGGCCCUCAUGCCCGUCGCCGUUUACUCCAUCGGAAUCCUCUUCAAGAAAGACGCCUAUAACCCCUCCACCAUGGCUAACAUGGUCUCUAUCUCAAUCGGCGUCGCAAUCGCCGCGUACGGCGAGGCCAAGUACGAUUCCUGGGGGGUAUUGCUGCAGCUCCUCGCCGUCGCGAUUGAAGCCACCCGAUUGGUCAUGAUCCAGAUCUUGCUCACUUCAAAGGGAAUCAGCUUAAACCCCAUUACUUCCUUGUACUAUGUCGCCCCGAGUUGUCUCCUUUUCCUCUCCAUUCCAUGGCUCCUCGUCGAAUUCCCCGCCCUGAGACAGAGUUCCAGUUUCCGAUUCGAUUUCACCGUUUUUGGGACCAAUUCCCUCUGCGCAUUCGCCCUCAAUCUCGCCGUUUUCCUGCUCGUCGGCAAGACUUCGGCUCUGACCAUGAAUGUCGCCGGCGUGGUCAAAGAUUGGCUCCUAAUCGCGUUCUCGUGGUCGGUAAUCAAGGACACUGUAACUCCGGUCAAUCUUCUCGGGUAUGGAUUGGCUUUCUUGGGAGUUGCGUUCUAUAACCACUCAAAACUACAGGCAUUGAAGGCGAAAGAAGCUCAGAAGAAAGCUCAGCAGCAGACAGACGAAGAAAGCGGGAAGCUAUUGGGCGAGAGCGGCGGCGAGGAGCUGGGGAAGAAGGGCGAUGCACAGGCCUAAUUUCGUAAUUUCGCUCGGAGAAAUUCAAGAAAAAAAAAAUAAGUGUGUUGUGGAAGAAGUACACAGAUUGAGGAGGGAUUCCGGCGUUGACUGUCGGUUCCAUGUAUUUUAGUAGAGUUUUAAACUUUUAAUCUAAAUCAGCCUCUUAGGCUGCAGAUAAGCUUAUUUUCAUCUUCCACAAUUUUUGUUUAUUUUGUUUUCUUUCUUUUUUUCCUUCUGCCUGUGUAUUAGGAACUGUUUAUGAUUAUGAAUUUCUGAUUUAUACAGUUGAUUAAUAAAAUAAAAUUAUACCCUUCAGAAGA